AUGCAUACACGGCCCGAUGCCGCGAUAUUAAUCAUGCGAGCUUCGCCUUCCUCCUCAGCCUCUUCAUUGGGGGCUGGUAAAUCAUCUUCGAUGAAAAAACAUUCUCUUCGCUCAUCCAAGAAUGCUUUUACUGACCACCGCUCUCUUUUUCCUGGCAUUGAAGAGGGCGCAGACAUAAGACGGCAGGACCAUCUGAACUUUAAUGAGGGUGAUCGUGUUUCGCAGGGAGACCGGAAUAUCUUCCUGAUUAUCGUUUUUAACAUCCUCCAGAUCGUGUCGAUAAUUGGGGGGUUUUUGCUCAUAUUCAUUUGGGCCCACUUUGGCAUCAAGUAUAACUUGUUUUUCAAUUGGGCGCUUAUUCUGGGCAUUGUUGCCAUCAUUACACAUUUGGUCGGGAUGGCUUCGUUAUUUUGGAGAUGCAGGAAAAUGGGUCUUUUGUACCUGCUGAUGGUUCUCGGCUCUGUUCUUCUGUAUGCAUAUAUCAUUUUGCAUGUAUCCUCGUACGAGGGAAAGUUUGAUCGAGUGUAUGCCGAAAAGUGGGAUUCUCUCUCUGCACAGCAAAAGGCGUCCGUUGAGAGCGAGGUAAGAAUUGGCGUGUAA